AUGUUAGAUUGGUCUCGUAAAUUCGGAAGUGUGAAGUCUUUUGUGCUACGAAACUUGAAUACCACUGAUGCUAAUUUCUGUGGAACACUGCUGGACUUUGUGCGUAAAUUGAACGCAAAAGCACGUAAGCGUCUGGAAAUUGCUUUGCUUGAAGAACUUGAUGAUAUCUGGAAUGAUCGAAAUCGAUCGUAUCAAGCUACGUUUAUUCUGGAACUUCUCAAGCAGUGCGGUUUUGAUAGAUGGUUUACUGAUAUACCAUUGAUGGAUUCAAUUUUUAACAGUGACAUUGCAAAUAUAAAGAUAAAAUUACUAACGUGUUUGUCGCCUGCGAUGCCUGAUUGUGAGAUCUUUCUGACCGAUAAAUUUGUAGAAAUGCUCAAUAAUGACAGCAUAGAUGGUUUAAAUUAUCUCGUAAAAGUAAUGUUGCAAUUCAAAGAGCCGAAAGAGAUUUUGGAUUUAAUGAAAGAAACGAAGCAUAAAGAUUCGAACAGUGUAAAAAUUACGCUGACUUCACUGAUAGAGAAUUUUGCUGUUGAAUCCGUUUUUGAUCCUUCUUUCUGGUUUGACGUUUGUAUUAAAUCCAACGUUGAUUUGAUUUCAUUCAGUGGCAGUGAACACAGUGGACAAUGCGCAUCACUUCCUGAACUAUACAGAAGACUGUAUCCUUCAGCUUCGCCAACAUUGAUGAUAAGCGAUAAACAGCGUAAAGCAAUCGAUCAGUAUUAUCAUACUUUAAAAAUAAACUGCGAAAUGUUGGCAUCUUUAUGCGAAACGAUAGGAACGAAGAAUAUUAUUAAAGAUGCAUACAGUUCGGUAUGGAAUGUUUUGAUGCGAAGCCGUCAUAAAGCUGCACUGGUUCACAAACUCAUAGAUGACGCAGAAUAUGGGAUUCCUCUUUUUACGUUUCUUUUUCGAUACGAUUUAUUAUGGCAUGAAUAUUGCCAACAAUUAGAACAGGCAACGGUACACGAUCCAGCUUUAAUAUUGUUGCUUUCAUUACUGGAGAAAUUACGCUUUGUGAGCAAAUCAUUUUACGCUACAACUCAAUUAAAACAUCUGCAAUCGAUGGUAAGCAAACUUGUUUCUUUACUCGUGGUGAGUCCUAAUCUACGAGUCAAUCAUUUACUAGUGACUUCCUUAUUACGUCUGAUACCAUAUAAAAGAAGAUUAACAUACCGAUUGAAAAGAAUCAUGGAACAUAAAUUACCAUUGAAUAUUAAGAAUGCACUAAGCUAUGCUAUCUCAGAAUUAGAGGCGAUGGAGUUCCUAUACUUGCCAUCUGAUCCACUUCAUUCUUUCUCUUCACAUUCUACUACUUUGUUGCCUAGUUUGAUUCAGAAAACUCACAAAAUGCUAACUGAUAGCACUUUGAAGCUUUUUGAACACUUUGGAGUUUUACUUAUGGAAAUUGAAAAACAUGCUUAUUCAUCAAAAGAAUUGUGGCGGUUCUAUGCUGCGCAUGCUUUAGUGAUACUUUCGCGUACUUCAUGCAAUAUAUUGAUUCAUUUCCACUCUUAUCGAUACAGGUUUAUAUUUUGCUGUCGCUCACUUUUAUUGGAUGAAGUUGAUUGUAUCAGACGCGUUGCAUUCCGCGCGCUUAAUGUAUGCGACAGUGGAGCUGCUUUAUCCUUUUCUUGGGAUCUAGCUAAUAAGUUGAAAAGAACCAAGGAAAUUAAGAAAACAUUAUGGAAAGGCACUGAAUUGCAGAGACCCGGCGCUUUUGAAGAUUCAAGCUAA